AUGGCCACGACGACAGAAAAAUCUCCUGUCAAUGGGACACCUCGAUCAGAAUUAUCAGAGGAAGAUGGAGGGGUGGUGAGCAAUACAACAGUAACGACUGAAUUAAUCGGAAAAAAAGGUGAUAAGAAAGAAAGCCUUACAUUCACUCAUCAAGGUGUCAAAGGUAUAUCUCAUAAAGUGGACAAGGAUGGUGCUGUUCAUCUUCUCCCAAAAAGGAGUGGAAAGACAAAUCGAAUUCGCACUCUAGUGUCAUUCAAAGCACGAGAAUCUCACUUUGACAGGUUCAACAAAGAAGCGGCAAAGGAUCCAUUCAGAGGAUUCUAUACUUUGUUCUGGAUCAGCUUGAUGAUCUUUGUCCUCAACACCUUUUACAACUCGUUUGCAACGACUGGACAGAUCUUAUCGCUAACAUUCGCCACUUUGUUCAGUCGAGAUGCAAUCGUCUUGGCCAUCUCCGAUGGUGUAUUGAUCGGAAGCUUGUUCAUCUGUGUUCCUUUUGCAAAAAUUUUGGUCAAUGGCUGGUGCAGAUACUGGCCAACACUGAUUUGGUUUCAACACGUCUGGCAAGCAUGCUUGUUGGGUAUCGUCAUCAAAUGGUCCCAUUAUCGUGAUUGGCCAUGGGUUCAAUCUGGCUUUUUCGUUUUGCAUACACUGUCAAUGUUGAUGAAAAUUCACAGUUAUAUGGCCAUCAAUGGAUAUCUUGCCGAUACAUAUCACAGGAUGAAACGAUUGGAACACACAAUCGAAGAACGGGUCGCUGAUGUGGAAGGUAUUCGAGAAGGUGAAAAGCCGGUCGGAAAAGGAGGCGUAUCGGAAGAAGCAUGGAAGCGUGCAGUUGAAAAAGCAGCAGCCGCAGACGAAACAGAUUUGCGCAGUAAAGCAGAAGGAGGUGAUGCAAACGGUCAUUUAGCAGUGGAUACUGAUGAAUCAACUGAAGCAGUCUCUACACAAGUUGGCGAGUGGGACAAUCUGCAAGCGCAACGCGGCACCAGCACUCUACGUCAACGAGCAAAUUCUACCAUCAUUGAUCGGAAGCCAUCCGUUCAACACCCCGAACGAGAUCAUAAAAAGAAGAGCGAAAAGAGCAAACAUAAGGACAAUCAAGAGACACUGAUCCGUGAUCCACAUCCUCUUGCUACCCAUCCUGAUCCAUUGAUCAACAGCUUGGCACGUGAGGUUGAGUUAUUACGUGAAGAGCUCACUUCCAGCAGACCUGGAAUCGAUGAAAAGAAUCCAGAUGUGUACACGGAAACAGUGACAUGGCCAAGCAAUGUCACAUUUGCCAACUUUUUCGAUUAUUUAUUGGUGCCAACAUUGGUGUACGAGCUUUCCUACCCACGUCUCAAGACAGUACGUCCUCUAUACCUUUUGGAAAAGGCUCUGGCUACUUUUGGAACAUUCUUUGUGAUCUAUGUGAUUACUGAACAUUGGAUCAUGCCUCGUCAACCAAGUCCCGAUACGCCGCUAUUGCAUACAUUUUUGGAAUUGGCCGUACCGAUGAUGUUGAAUUAUUUGUUGAUCUUUUACAUCAUGUUUGAGUGUAUUUGUCAAUUUUUCGCCGAAUGGACUGGAUUUGCGGAUCGAUUAUUUUAUGAAGAUUGGUGGAAUGCAACUUCGAUGGACGUUUUCUCACGAAGAUGGAACAGACCCGUUCACAGUUUUUUGCUACGACAUGUUUAUGCAAGUUCAAUCACUGCUGGUUUACCAAAAGGUGUUGCAAUGUUUAUAACAUUUUUGCUUUCUUCUUUGCUGCACGAAUUGGUGAUGGCAAUCGUUAGUGGAAAGAUUCGUGGAUAUCUGUUUGCUAUGCAAAUGGCACAAUUGCCUCUUAUAUUUAUCAGUCAAAUUCCGUUCGUCAAGAGGAACGAGACUUUAGGCAACAUUAUCUUUUGGACGGGUUUGUUGAUUGGAUUCCCCAUGUUGAACAUUGCUUAUAUUACGUAUUAA